GAUGUCGCGGUCUCAUCGAAAUUCAAAACAUAAAAUGGCCAUAAGUUCACAAAAUCCCAGCGAUGAUGAAUUCUAUGAAUCUUCGCAAACUCAAAAAAAAAAGUCACGAAAUUUAACUGAAAGUAGAAAAUGUGAACUAAUCUCUUCGUUUUGCUGUUAUGUGAUUCAUUCUUGGAAUGGAAUACCACUGAAAAGAGCAGAUCUGAUUAAGGCUGUAUUCGGCGAUGAUGGUAGAAGUUUCAACAUUAUCUAUCCAGAAGCCAAGAAGGAGCUCAAGAAAAUAAUGGGAUUGGAUUUGACAGAAAUGAGACCGAAUUUGUUUAUUGUUACGAACAGUAUUGAUACCUUGCCAAAUGAUGAAUGUUUGGAAACUUAUGAUCCCAGCAAAUUAGCCUUGACGCAUAUAAUUUUAGUAAUAAUCCACAUGUCUGACGGUUCAUUGAUGGAAGAAAAGUUGUAUGCAGGUUUAGCAGAAUUACAAAUUUCUCCUGACGCAGAUAUUGUUUUUGGAAGUGUUCGAAAGUUUAUAAAUAAUGAAUUAGUUAAACAAGGAUACCUCAACGCUGUUACUAUUGAUGGUGAACCUCCAAAAACAAUGUACGAAUGGGGAGUUAAAGCCCAUAAAGAAAUAUCAAAGAAAAAUAUUAUCGAGUUUGUCUCUGAGAUUUAUGGUUGCAAACCUGAAGCAUUUUCAAAUUACAAGAAAGCUCUAAAAGAAGAAAACAUCAAUUCUAACACUGCUAGUGAUGAGACUUUACAGAAUAGCCAGAUAUAA